UUACAUAAGUCUUAUAAGUCAUGAUCAGUCGAACAAUUAAAUCGGACGUCUGAUCGACCCUCUACAUUGUUAAAAGAACACUGAAACGAUAUAUGAUCAGAAAGCGAGAUUGCGUAUUUCUUGAUGGAUAUGGUUAUCUUUCAUUCUGCAGUCAUGAUUAAAAAAGAAGCCUGAAUGCCCCGGAAGCGUAAGAAGUCUAACAGGGACCGGAAGGCACCAUUGAUAUUUACAGAGAGCCCUGUCGCUAAUCAGCGCAAUGUGCCGAGUCCUGUGUGCUGUGCCCUCCACCCACGUACUGCCCAGGCUGUUCCUGUGGACCAACUCGACAAAUCAUCCUGGGUGUCGCCACAGUUCAGCAGUACUGUCCAGUCUGAGGGUCAGGGCGGCCGUAGGACUUUAAGACGACAGAAAUCUUCUGCCGAUAACAAAGGAUAUAAACCUGAAUGUACUUGUGGGUCAACAGGUCAUGACCAGGUUAAAGGUCAUGGUCACGCAGGAAGUAAAUAUAAGUCUCUGGAGUUCUUGGGCAGUAAGAAGGCACGGACAAGUGUUUCAGUACUGGAGGAAGUGAGUAUUGAGGAAAACAUCUCUCCUAAUGUUGCUAAACAUCAGAGAAAUCUCAGAAAACAGUCUCUCACAUCCUGGAUUGGCGAUGAUUGUGAAAAUGAACCAGUUUUGAAACGUAAAGUUAAACAUAAAAAUUCAAGGCUAAGUACCAAAAGUGUUGAAAGAGACGAUUUAAAUACUGGAGACAAUUCUAUAGGACCGAGUACAGAGUGCUCUCCCUUACCUAGGUGUCCUGUUGAUGUAUGUACCCCAAUCAUCAAUAAGGAAAAUGACACAAGCUUACACACUCCAGUGAAACAAUUAUUUCCAGGCAAUAGUAAAGAAGCUGGGGGAAUUUCUGAGUAUGUCCAGCCCAAGAAUAUGAUGAAUGAUGUAGUGAUGAAUUCACCUACAAAUGAAUUUUACUCACAAAGCCCUAUCUGUGAUUCGGUAUGCGACAGUGAACCUGAAGAUAAAACACCAAAAUCAAGAUAUUUUUUGCGGAAAUAUUUUGAAAUGACCAUUUGCUCUACUCCAAAAAUUAAUCAUGCACUAGGCUCAAGAAUUCUUGUUCUAGACACACCAGAAACAGAAUAUGGUUUGCCAACCAGGAAAAGACAGUGUCUACAAAGGAAGCAAGACACAUCUUAAACUUCAUGCUAGGUCAGACAGUAAGAUCUAUCAGGCAACAAGUUCCAGCUAUGAAUGAUCCUGACAUGUUGUAAUUUUGGGUAGAAUUGAUAGCAAUAAUGAUGCAUGUCUUACAUGCUGUCCAUAUUUGACUAUAUUGUUAAAUGUUGAUCAAUGAUAUUAAGAGUAUUGGUGUAUCUACAGUCUCUCCAAAAUCCAACUUCCAAUGGUUCUUCUUUCAAUAUAGUUUUGCACCUUUGGCAUUUAUGUCAGGCUACAAGAAAACUAAUCUGUGAACUUUUAAGGGUCAUGUGAUCUCUUUGAUUACAUAUGAUGUGAAGGUAUUUACCUGUCAACUUUCUUUGUCAAGGUCAUACUGACUGGCAUUUGUUCCAACUUUGGUGCAACACCUAAAUGUAAUCUUUAAAGGAAAUUAUGAGGGCAGUGAUUGGUCAGUUUAUUAGUAUCUUAAUCCAAAAGAAGUGGCUUACCAGGAGCUUUUGUUACUGCCAUGUGUAUGUCCCAAGGGUGCAGAGAAGGUAUAUUGAGAAAACCCUUGGAUUUUGGAGAUAGGACAAGGCUAGUGUCUGUCGUUACUAUGGAUACAGCUGAUCACUCAGGAAAUUCCAACAUUGUUGCAGGUCAGCAAUGUUUAUCUUCAAUAAAUAAAUUAUGUUCUAAUUAUACUUGGAUAGUCUGUCCGAUAUUAAAUGUAUACAACAGUUAACAUUGAC